AAAAGAAGAGACUUAAUCAUGGCCUAUGAGACAGAGGAUCAUGAGACUCAAUUCUGCUUUCCUGCCAUUAACACAUCGUGUCUCAAGGGAAGGCGCUCUAAAUAUGAAUAUAAUAUCAUGUAUGUGUUUUUUUCAUUGCUGUCAGUAUCUACUGUGUUUCUGAACCUGCUUGUGAUCAUCUCCAUCUCUCACUUCAAGAAGCUCCACACUCCAACCAACAUGCUCAUUCUCUCUCUGUCAGUGGCUGACCUACUUAUUGGACUUAUUGUCAUGCCCUUGGAGGCCAUCAACCUAACUGACAUGUGCUGGUACUUUGGAGACACUUUCUGUAGACUGUUUUUACUUAUCUUGGGGCUGCUCCUUUCAGCAUCUCUUAGUAAUUUAGUAUUAAUUGCUAUUGAUCGUUAUAUGGCUGUGUGCUACCCUUUACAGUACCCACAGAAAAUAACAACAACUAGAACUCUAGCGAGUAUCUGUCUCUGCUGGUUUUGCUCUUCAGCUUACAAUACUGCUCUUGCGGGCAGCAGGACAUAUUUUGACUCACGCAGAAUAGAUGUGUGUUAUGGAAAGUGCACAUUGGUGAUUAGUUUUGCCUGGAAAGUCACUGAUAUGUGCUUUUCCUUACUGUUUCCAUGUACUGUGAUGAUAACUUUAUAUUUGAGGAUAUUCUAUGUUGCACGAAAGCAAAUCAAAAUCAUAAAUUCUUUGGCGAAGACAGGAAAAGUUAUAAAUGAAGGUUCUGUGAGGAGGAAAUCUGAAAGCAAGGUUACUCUAACCUUAGGUCUCAUUGUGACCGUUUAUCUGCUUUGUUGGAUUCCAUAUUUUCUUUUGUCUCUAUCAGAAAACACAGAAAAUGUAGAAAUUUCUUCAACCACAACCAUUAUUGUAUGGCUAUUGUAUGUUAACUCCGCUCUGAAUCCUCUUAUCUAUGCUUUCUUUUACCCCUGGUUUAAAAUGUCAGUUAAACAUAUUCUAACUCUUAAAAUAUUUCAACCAGCAUCUUCUCUGGUGGACGUUUUUACAGAUUAUCAUUCAUAA